AUAGGAGGCGCCGCUGCGGGUCUCGUGACGCCGUUUUAUAUAACACUUGGCUAGAAGCUUGUGUUAUUAUCCGUAUUGCAGGAAUGGUUCUGCACUCUGACUGUAGGGGCGGCUGAGACUGGCGCCCCCACCCCCCAUUGUAACCCCAUCUAAUAACCAGCAGUCACAGAGAGAGACACACACAGAAUGAGCCAACAGGAGGCAGACACUAGCCUGAUGCUGGAGUUUGCUUUACAAGCAUUCCAAGCCCAGAACUUCCAGCUAGCCAGUGAUAUCUAUGGCAGGCAGCUGCAGGAGCAGAGGGCUGGGGGGGUGGACUGGGCAUUGCUGCUGAGGAGGGCUGAAUGCCUGGCAUACUCUGGCAACCUGCAGGGUGCCUGUGACUUGUACCAGAGGGCUGCUGUGCACAGGAAGGUGGGAGCGGAUCAGCUGAAGACUCUGAUUUCCUGCUUAGCAGAUGGCAUCAGGACCAGAGAGGGGCUUCCCCAUGCCCAAGGAGAAUCCAAGUGGGGUAUCCUGAGCUGCAAGGGAUGCCGGGACUUCCUCUGGGAGCCAGUGACCCUGGUGUGUGGCCAUACCUACUGUAAGAAGUGCCUGGAGGACUACAAAGGAAAGGAUCAGUGUGAGCUGUGCAGGGUGACCCUGGACCAGGGGGAUGCAGGACAUCAAUUUAAGGUCAAUGUGGUCCUCAGCAACAUCUUGUGCAAGUGGUUCCCCAAGGAGGUCCAGGCAAGGAAACUCAGACAGGAGGGCAAUGCCCUGUUCAAGGAGGGCAAACUGCAAGAAGCUCUGGGGAAAUACAAUCAAGCUAUCGAUAUAGGUAAUAACUUGUGGAUGCCUAUAGAUUGUGAUAAGCAACUUCUGCUUCCCUAGCCUUUAAUGACUGCAAUCCCUAGCGGCUACACUAGAAAAGGUUGCCUGGCCAUAACAUUUAAUUUACCUUUUUGUAUCACUGAGCCACUUUGUCAAUCCCUAUCACCCAGGAUAGAUGCAGUGGCAAAGGUUGUCUGGAAUAGAGUUGGUUAUUUUGGACCACUGAAUAAAUAAAACAUUAUGUAGCAUCUGUAGGGUUAAACAGCAUCUAUCACCCCUCCUUGUAUAGUUUUAAACCUUUAGGAUAAUCUGGGAAAACCUGCAAUAUGUCACUAUUUUGGUUUCUAUCGUUUAAGCACCCUGUUUUGAAAUGUAUAUGUAAUUACUAUCGAGUUUGGUAAUAUAUACAGUUACACACUUUAAUACUUUUUUAGAAAUAUUUCUCUUUAUAAUUUAUAUAUCAAAAACCACAAAAUGUGUUUUAAUAUAGAUGGAGAUUCAGAUAACAAAAAAAGAGUGAAAUAGCUAAACUGAUUUUAGACAUUAUCCAGAGGUGAAUUGUAGUCCUCACAUAUAUAGCUAGAAGUACGUCAUUGGGCAUAAAUAAACACAUACAAUAUUAAUCACAGUUUCUGUAAAACAUAUGAUGGGACAGGGCUACAAUGUGUUUGUAUUUCAUAUCUCAUUAUAAAAAUAGGCAUCUUAAAGUUCACUAACAUGCUCAUAGUCCUGUAUUGCAGAUGCUAAUUUUCAUGAGUUUGGCUUAUGUAAAAACAUCCAGAGCUUCUAUUUUUGUUUUCAGGUAGUGAUACCUUUUUGUGCUAUCAACACAGAAAUUGCAUUUUUGUUUAGAUUUAUUAAUAUUUUUUAUCAGAUGCCACUGCAAUAAAUGGUUCUUCUGAUACAUUAUAUGUGUUCUGAUUCAUUGUAACUACAUAAUAAUAUUAAUAUAAUAUAAUUUCUUUCUUGAACAUAAUUAUCAUUAUCCAUAUUCAAGCUGUGUAUUGAUAAACACUCCCUUCUUUUCUAGCUCAAUUUUAGCUUUUAAUGUCAGCAGUCUUCCUGUUGACUGGUUAUGUUAUAUUUCUGUCAGAUUUGUUCCCAGACUAUUAAUACUGCGCUCCUGACCUGUCAGCUCUGUUUGAAAGUGUAGCUAUGUUGAGAAAGUAGGUCACCAGAGCACAGUUGUAUAACUAUGAAUGCUACACUGUCUGCUAGCCAUCCUUCCUCCCCCUCCUGGUAGGAUGGUUGUGUAACCAGUGAAAAGUAAAACAUAUAUGGGUCGUUCAUUUGGUGUCCCAUCCAGGAAGGAAUGUGACUUUUAAAUAUAUUAUAUAAACCUUUUUUGCUCUAAAACUCUUUGCACACCCAGAUUGAAUUAAUGGGCUCGUUUUUGGAUGGCUGGGGUUGAUAAAGCUCCUUGUUCUAAUAAAUGCAUCCCACAUGUCUAACAUUUUGGCCUGUUGAGUUGUAGUGUUUGCUUGUGUGACAUUAAAUGAGGUUUAUUCAAUGAACUCUGAUUUUUAGCUAACUGUAAGCUAAAGGGUAACAUUUAGAAAAAACAAGACCAAAACAUAUACAACUAGGCCAUUUUAGCCUGAAUCUUGCCAUUUGGAAAUCAGUUCUCUAGAAUUUGGAGAUAAUUGAAUAAUACUCUGUGUUUAUCCCAUAUUACAGCAGCACAUAUGUCGGUGCUAUAUAUAAAUAUUUGUAAUUUUAAAGUACUCUUGAUGUGCUUAUCCCAGGACAUAGUGUUCAUUUUAUGACCUAGUAACUAUUUAUGUAAUUGGAAAUAUCAUUUAGAACCAGAACAAAGUGUCUGUUUUCUAGACAUGUCUGCUGAAGUUUAUGUGACGCAUCAGAAUUCAAAGUGAUUUUCAAAUUUUACGUCGAAAUAUCCAAAUGGGGAAAGUUUUCAGUUGAUUUACUUUGGCCUAAGAUUUGUAAUGUCGCUGCAUUUCACACUUUAGUAAAUAGUCACUGUUAGUUUUAUUGCUGUGGAGCUCUAAUAAACACUCUUACACAAAUAAAUAAUUUGGAAUUCCUAAAAAAGAGAGACCUCCUGAUUGAGAUAUAGACAGUUCAGCCCACAAUAUUGUCUGUCUCUCCAAGAUGGGAAGUCGAGAGGUAUGAUUUAAAUACAGAUAAGUGUAUCAGAAUGUUAAAGUCCCAACACUGUUUGUUACCCUGCAGAGAGUUUAACAAUUUCUCCUUCCUCAAAUAUAAUCUGUUGUUUCCUAUCUGCAACACAGAAAUGAGUUAACAAAUAUGUGAGCCUCAAGCGAUUAACGUUUGAAUGACCAAUGAUAUAUUCAAAGUGGGAGAAAUUAUUAAACUACAUUUUAUAUAUGUGUGUUUGUGUAUUAAUUUGUGUUCUAGUAAAGAGAUCUAAUUAAUCAUAUAUGCAGAACACUUUUAGGUAUGUUUGGAUAAACGGUUACUUUAUAGCUAAUUGUGCAAUGUGUUUUUUUAAUGUGCUUUUGUGAUGGAUUACAACAGCUGUUUUUAUAUUGAAUUCAGUGCGUCAUUUUAAAGAAGGAGAGACUAGUGUAAACUUGCAAAUAGAUUGUGUGAAUACACUACGGAUUGUAUAGCACAGUUUUUAUUAUGUUGUAACCUAGAAUGUUGUUGGUUUUGAUUCAGAUAAUUUUAUAGAUGCCCGAUUACCUAGCUUUGGCAACCAAGAAUGUAAAUGAUUGUAUCAAAUCUGUAGAACUAUUAUACAGAAUAGAUCAAUGCGACACAAGUUGUCAAACUCAUGCCUAGGAAAAAUAAGAAAUAUACUUUUUUGGCAAACUAAAUGGCCAUAAACAGCCACAGGCAAAUGUCCUAUAUAGAAGACCGGAGAUGUUACAUACAGGUCUUGUGUCUGCAGUUAUGAAACCCAACAUUUAGUACACCUCAUACAGUAUCUAAUUGUUAGCUCAUUUUAACAGGGUUCUAUAAACCUAUUGUUCCUGUACGUCAUACGUGUUUUUUUUAGAACUAAAUGUUUGUCUUGUUUCAAAUUGUACAGCACUGCGGAAUAUCUUGGCGCUAUAAAACAAUUGUAAUUGUAUCAUCAUGGCCUUGUCCUUCCCCCCCCCCACCUCCCCCCCUUCCCAGCCAUUAGAUCAGAUCAUACUCCUAUCCCUCCAUAUUUAUCAGGUCCCUGUAUUUGGCCAACUCUACAUUUCAUAGUGAUGUCUCUCACUUUCUAGCCAUUAUGUCCCUGUGUGUACAGCCCAUGCAGAUCAAGUUUUGGACUUCCUUUAUUUGUGUCCUCAUUGACCCCUUCCUCUCACCCAACAUUCGUGUGCCUCAUUUCCAUUCUCUGACACAUCCUAUUGCCUUUCUCUCCUCUACUCACAUUGUUCUUGAAUCUUUUCUACAUGUGUCAUGACCCCGUUUCACCCUUUCCUAAUAGAUCAUGAUUGUUUUCUUCCUUAACAUCAUGACCUACUUUGUAUCUGUCACCUCUCUCUGCAUAUUGUUUUUCCCUUCCCAUCACUCCCAAAUUGUGUUCCUGUUUUUAAUCAGCAGAUCACAUUCUUGUCCCACUCUUCUAUUUCAUUCCAUUUGUCCCAAGUGGUCUCUACUUUACCUUAUGUAUAACUGAACAAAAUAAUGUUGAAUUUAAAACAUUUAAAGACACUAUAUGCAAAGUGACAGUCGCUUUAACAGGAAAUAAAGGAUCGCAGACAGUCCUAUUUUAUUGGGGUCUAGUCACUAAUACUGAGUGACUCUCAAUGACACCACAUUUAGUGUCAGUAUAGAACAUUGGGAUUUCAGUCAGAAUGUUUUGCCCAAAUACAGGAGUCGUUGUAUCGCAAUUUCAAAAGAUGUAAUGGGUUAAUUUAUGAGUCCAUAUCAAUUUGUCACCACUAUAUGUAAAUCAUUUAAAGGGACAAUAAUUUUCCUUUUUGUAUAUGUUGCCAGUAGUAAAGCCAACACUUUUCAAAGGUUUGUUUUCCAUUGAUCUAUCGCUUCCAAUUCUAGUAGCACAACAUAGAACUAAUAGAGUCUGUCUCCUGCCCCAAAAUAACACCUUUGGAAACUGUCUGCAUUUAAUUAUUUACAUAACCAAUUAAAUUCCAGACCAUAAUUGAAGAUUACUCAUUCAUGUAAUAACAUUUAUAAAAUAGUAUACGUGAAGCUAUUCUUUGUCUGAUCUUUUUAUUAUUUCAGUUCUAAAAUGUGAAUAAAUUGCAUCUUGGCAAGUGUUGGAAUAGAGUACUUAGAGCAAGUGUAAUGUAGUGUAUAUUGUAUUAAACAAAGCACAUCCUGCUUAAUACAUUUUAGUUUAAUGUCACACUAUCAAACCUGCUUAAUUAUGCAGCUGGUACUACAUAUUGGCUCCCUGAUGACUUUACCCUGUUAUGGACAAAUUAUAAUUAGCAUUUAAUGAACAUAUGUUCUCAUAAUGCCAUUAAUAGUGUAAGAUUACUGUGGAUUUAGGUGCAGUAAAUGAGAUUUUUGGGCCACAUGAGGGCCCUUGUCCUAGUUAACAUAUUAUUAAAAUGAAGCAGUGAAUUCUAAAAAGGCAAUACAUUAUGUAACUUCAUAUCUUUCUUCUCCCAGCUGAGAAUCUAAUUUCCUUUUAGCUUAACUGCUAAGGGUUACAUGCUCAGUUUAAAGUAGACCUAUCAAGAAAAAAAUACAUUUUUGUUUGACAACAAGGCUUAAAAUAUCUAUAAGUAUUUUUUCUUUUUUUUCUUUGGUAAAUGGCUCUGUUUUUUUCUUUUUUCGUUUAUGAAGAAAUUUCACUUUGUCAACAGCUAUACAAUUCAAUAUGCUAGCAUCAUUCAAGGGACGUUGUCAUAAUUUUUUAUUAUAUAAAAAAAAUAAAAAAGUAUAGCCUUUGUGUGUAUUAUUUUGUAAUUCAUACAUAUAAGUAAGUACCUAUUUUCCACUCAUAUCAAGGCUUAUUAUUACUCUGUGGGGACAUUUUGACGUCCUCACUGGUCUGAACGUCCAUGUUUGUGUCAAAACUAUGUACAAUUUGAACAGCUGAAACCACCUUAGCAUACAUUUUUGCAAUGCCUGUCACUGGACAUCAGGUUUGUCUUGGUUACCUGCUAUGGCUCUGUUUGGAUAAACGGUGCUUCUGACCAAAACAAAUUUUAAAAAAUGGCUGCCUCGUGUAGCAAAGGUAAGCCAGGAGAAACAGUGAUGCCAAUUCAGCAGAGAUACUUGAAAAAAAAAAAACUAAUUUAUCAUAGCUGCACCUCCACUGUGUGUGUGACAAAGCCAUGAGGCCUCUGGCACACUGAUGCACUCUCUGGCAUGUUCGAAGACAUUAUGUACGAACUUGAAUGCACGCUCCCUGUUUUGCGUUAUGUGUAUGGCCCUGCAAAGGUUAACUAAGUUGCAUUCUUUGGCCAAUGUCAACAGCACAGCAAGUAAAUUGCAAUAAAUUGCCUUUCCUUGACGUUUGCCUCAGGUACAAAUACUGUUACAAAACACAAUUUACAUAUGAACUUUAAGGAAAAGCAAGUCAAGUGCUUGCAAGUAAAGACUAGUUUUAAUUGAGUCAUAUUUUGCUUUUAUUCCAGUGUCCUGUGACCAUUUACUGUACAGCAACCGGUCCAUGAUUCACUUCAGCUUGAAGGCUUAUGAAUGUGCGUUGCAAGACGCGGAAACCGCAUGCAGGCUGCAGCCGUGUUGGGUCAAAGUACGUUUCUCAGCGGAAUGUUUACUCGCCAUAAAUCAGUAUUGACCACUUUAUAUAACAAAUGUUUAACAUAUUCAGAAAUGUAUUGUAUAAAAAUAAAAACACGCAUAACACAUAUGGGGACAGAUUUAUUGAAAACAAUUACAAAAUGUUCAGAGUUAUGACAGUGACUAUAUACAUAUAUAUUUGUAUACUAAUCAUGUAAAUAUUAUAGAAAGAUAUUCUAACGGACCACACUAUAUUAGCUUUUGACUUGGGGGAAAGUAAAAGAAAAUUGCUUUUAUUUUUGUGACCUAAUGCACGUGAGUUAUCUGGGGUAUCUUGUUUUUAGGUCAACCUAAUGUAAAUUAAUUCUAACCAGUGUGUGUUUGCUAUUUUGUGUGCUUGUUUCUUUUUCUUUUUAGAGUCAUUUGAUGAAGGCCAAGGCACUGACGAGCUUGGGGAAAACAGAUUAUGCUUUGAGAGAAUUCCUUUUCUGCAUUGCACUAGACACAGACAACAAGACCGCAAAAUUAGAGGCCCAGAAGGUAAUGUGAAAUUAUUAAUAUUAACCGAAUUUUGGGAGGAUAACCUUUGAUGAGAACCUCCCUUUCUCAAGCCUGAAGCAUUUUUGAGACUUGAGAAAGGGAGGUUCUCUUGAAAGCUUGUCAUUCCAAACUUAGAAACUUAGUACAAUAAAAAAAGGUAUUAAAAGAUACUAAUUCCAUCUGUACUGGACUAAUCCGGCUACACUGUCUACUAUAUACUCACUUUGAGAUAAAAACUGUUUUCAUUUUUUGAAAACUAGUCUCCUUUAUUGUUUCUUCUAUCUAACCCAGAAUUGUGACUUGUAAAUGUGUUUCAAACAUGCCUAAACAUAAACAAUCAGAAGAAUUCUUCUUCCUACGCAAACCAAACAAAAUAGUCUGAGGAUAAAGAAUCGUAAAUAUGUGUUAUCAUUACCCUUUAAUCUUAGCAAUAAUAGUUAAGUGCAAUCAUGAUGAACGCAGUAAUGAGAACUGACACAACUUUAAACUGUUCAGUUGCUCAGAAUUCUGUUGUGUUGAGUUUCCUUUGAAAUCACCAGAUUCUGGAGCUGAAUAAAAGGAUGAACUCCAUGCCACAGAGUUGGCAGUAGGGAUUCUCGAGCAUAUUUUCUUGGGUGCAGCUUUUCAACAAAUUUCCUAUUGAAUGUUUGCAGGAUCCCAGUGUAGAUCAGAUUUAAAAUAUAAUGUACUAAAGUCAGCCACAGUGAUUUGUUCAUAAUGUUUGUUAAUUGUGUAAUAGUUGAAAUAAAAUUCAUGUAAGUGUUGACGACUGCAUGUUCUGCCUUAUUGUACACACAGCUGCUGCUUACUUUAUUAAAUCCAGAAAACUGUCAAGAAGGCUUGCCGGACCUCUUGCAGGUGAUUCCACAUCCAUUCAGAGUAAAAGGAAAUGUUGACCCGUUGAGUUUGGCCAUGCCGUGCAGCAAUCUACAGAGGUUAAACAAAGUAUGUUUUAUUUAGUUAUUUUACUGUUUAGCGCUAUUUCUCAUUGCUGAUAUUAUAUAUUAUUAUUUAGAUAUAAAACUUUCUGUAAAUUGAAAUGAAUUAACCCUUAAAUUCUGUAGCACUAUUUGAUUAAGCCAGUACUGUCUUUAUUAAUAUUCUACUCCAGAAAAGCACCCCUCUCACACCCCAUACGGUACUUAGUUUCUGAUUGCUAUAGGCCCGGUCAGGAUAAUAUACCCCCAUACACUUUAAAGGUAAAGUCCAGUCACUAAAACACUUCAGCUUGUUGUUAGCUUUAAGUUUAAAAAAGUGCCAAUUUCAAUUUCAAAUUUCAAAUAAAAUGGAGGGGCGGACCUGACUGCAGAGCGGUGCAGACACACGUUACUGCUGCUCCUGCAUCUUAUCGCACAAAGUACCAAUUCCCGCUGAGCAGAGGUUAAGACCCAACUUCUUUUGGCUUCCAAUCGAUCUGGGACACCGAGACCUACAAGAUGAUACCAGUCAUGUGGUUAUAUGCUUUGGUUUCGAUUGCCCAGCCACUGAGGCCUAUAAGCAUGGCGGAUACAGGGGAAACGGCAAGAGAGGCACCUCGCCAGGCCCCCUCUGCCCACGGGAGAUGGGGAGGCAGAGACGAAGCGGGCCAAUCCUGGUUAAAGCAUGCACUCCUAUGCCAGCAAUGACCACUGCCUGCCCACCUGGGCCAAGGGUCACAAGGAGGUUUCCUCCAAAGCUUCGAUCACCUCGCUGUUUUAAGCAUUAAAAUUCUCUAAACUGCUUUAUUACAUUUAUUUUAGAUAUGCUAUCAGUUAUUGAUCUUUGAUUCGUUUAUUUGGAUGAUUUCCAUAUCCUUCUAAUUAAUUCUUAUUAAAUCUUAAUGUACAUUAAUGUCAUAAUCAAAAAAGCAAAAACAGUUUUUGUUUUUUUCUCAUUGCAAAGGUGAACUUGGAAAAAGAGAUUCUUCCGAUGGUUUCAGAACACAAAGUGUCCAGUGAUUGCAAUACAGGGAAGGAGUCAUUCCGGAGUCCAGGGAAUAACAGUAUCUGGCAGGUCUCUGUGGCAGAGACAACCAUCCCAUCAAAAUGCAUUUCUCUGAAAAGAAAACUGAGCUCAGAUGAGACAGAGAAAUCUAAGCUUACAGUGGUGCCUUCUAAGAUCCAGAGAAGAGGUGAGCGUCCAUUAAAGAUAAUAAACCAUUCAAGUGUGCCUACUAUAUUCCAAUCCCACUACUCUCUCUCAAUCCCAUAUUUUCCUACCUUUCCUUGGGUGGCCACUUUUCUCCAUGGCUGCCCACCUUUUUGUAUACAAAGGGGCACACCUGGAACAUGCAUUCUCAGUACUGUUGCUGCCAUCAAGACCAAAAUGUAUACAAAAUACAGAUUAGGGAACAGCAAACACACGCGCACACACAAAUAACAUUUCACAUUUUACAAGGCUACUUAAAAUCCCCUAUGGCAAACAAAUAUGGGAAUUCAGUUAAACCAUAUGGCUAUGUUGUGUCCACUGAGUCACAGUACCCCAUUAUCAGUGGGUCCUACACUAACUUUAACACGGGAGACCAAGUUGCUAACUGCAAUACUUACUGCUUAAACUGCUUCCAGAGACUCUACUCAAUGUAUGCUUUGCUGUGUCCACCUCCAAAGUGGCACCUAUAGUGGAUGGGUGGGGUGCUUAGCCCAAAAGAAAUCUCUUCUGGAUUCCAUGUAUACAUAAAAAAUGAACAAGCAUUUCUCAGUAGUGGAUUUGUCUUAAAAGGACACUAUAGUCGCAAAACUACUUUAACUUAAUGAAGCGGUUUUGGUGUAUAGAUCAUGCCCUUGCAGUCUCCCUUCUCAAUUCUCUGCCAUUUAUGAGUUAAAUUAUGUUUUUUUGCAGUCCAGUGCACACCUCCCUGCAUGUGACUUACACAGCCUUCCGAAACACUUCAUGUAAAGAGUCAUCUAAUGUUUAUACUUCCUUUAUUGCAAAUUCUGUUUAAUUUAGAAUUACUUAUCUCCUAUUCUGUUAAUAGCUUGCUAGACUCCUGCAAGUGUCUAUUGUAUGUAAUUAAAGUUCAAUUUACAGAGUAGGACAUCACAACGUUUAAAGUAAGUUGCAUCUGAUUGAAAAUAAAACCAUUUUGUUGUCUUGCAGGCUGUGUCAGUCACAGCCAGCAGAGGUGUGGCUAUUGCCGCAUAAACAGAAACAAAAGUAAUUUAAAGGAUCACUAUAGAGUCAGGAACACAAACAUGUAUUCCUGACCCUAUAGUGUUAACACCACCAUCUAGCCCCCCUGGGCACCUCAUACCUCCAUAAAUAUAGUAAAAAUCUUACUGUAUUCAAGCCUGAAGCUGUACAUCUGCAUGCUGUUAGACUCAGAAAAACAAUUAGUCUGUCGACGUGUGGUAGCCUGAUCCAAUCACAGUGCUUCCCCAUAGGAUUGGCUGAGACUGACAAAGAGGCAGAUCAGGGGCAGAGCCAGCAUGAUUCAAACACAGCCCUGGCCAAUCAGAAUCUCCUCAUAGAGAUGAAUUGAAUCAAUGAAUCUCUAUGAGGAAAGUUCAGUGUCUGCGUACAGUGGGAGGAGAUACUGAAUCACAGGAUGUUGUGCACAGAGCCGCCCUGUGCUCUGCUGACAGCAGAUCUGAGUGGAUGGAGGCAUAUUAUGCCUCCAUUUACUCCGAAGUCCCUCUGGUUCACUCUGAGUGACUGCAACUGGAGGUGUUCCUAGCUUUCAAUGUAAACUGAGAAAAUACAGUGUUUACAUGAGAGAGGCUGCAGGGAGCUAUAGUUCUCACCUGAACAACCUCAUUAAGCUAAAGUUGUUCAGGUGACUAUAGUGUCCCUUUAACUCCUAAUGGCAGUUAAUUGAACAGUGAAACGUCAUAGGUGUGAUCUAUACACAAGAACUGCUUCAUUAAGCUACAGUUGUUUUGGUGACCAUAGUGUCAUUUUGAAGUGCAAAAUAUAUACAAAAUACAGAUAAGGGAGCAGUGCGCACACACACACACACAAAAUACAGUUACACCACAUGGCACCUUUUUUGUAUUCUAUGAGUAUACUUAGAAUACUACAUAAUGAGUACUACUUAAUUGCAAACAGAGGUAAAUUUCCUUUAGCUCUAUUUUUUACCAUAAAUUAUACUGAAUAUAUUUUUUUUUACUUUUUCCCAGCAGAUGUGCCAGUGACUGACAAAGCAGACAAUGUUAUAUCUGUUUCUCCAUAUGUGGACUCCUCUGACCUGGACUGUUCCCUCUGCAUGAGGUAUCAUUUUGUUUCUGUUAGAUAUAAUAGUAUUCACAUAGAUUCCCUUUUUUUCCCCCCAAAUAAUCCUGGUAGUCUAAUAGUUGUCCAGUAACAUAGAAAUUAUAUUUAUAGAGAUUAAGUAACUUUCCUUAGAGGAGGCUUAGGCAACAAUAACUCCAGCUAACUAAAGCUAGACUGCAACUCUUGAUGCGGACCUUUAAAAUGUACCUGUUAAUUUAAAAGUAAAUUUAAUUCCAUCUAUACCGUGUGCUAGCAGGAAUGCUAGGAAAUGGAUUUUGGAAAAAUCUACAGAAAUAUAGGUGUCUCCCCACUACCUGCCAAUCAAAUCUUUGUCAUUGAGUCAGCAUAGACCUCAAUGUUGAAGAACUGACUGAUGAGGGAAAGCAGGAGAACCUUCUUACAGGUGGUUCUCCUUCUCUUCAGCAAAGCAACCACAGCGCUCGCUGUGUGUUCGCUGUACUCGCUCCCUAACCAGCACUUCUAUCUCUGGCUGGAGGAGUAUAGGAAUGAAGUGACUCUGUUCAGUGACCAUUGCAUUGGUAAUAAAGUUACAUUAAGGAAAAUUGUCCUUCUAGGGGAAAUGUCCCCAAGCAGAGCCAAUACUUUACACCAUGGGCACUAACAGAGCUGCGGACAUGGUGACUGUGGAUUAAAGGUAAGUAAUAGUGAUAUCUGAAACAUUUACGUUAAUUGAAUUAAUUUAUGAUAUUUAUAGAGCGCCGUCAAAUUCCGCAGCGCUUUACAAUGGGUGGACGAACAGACUUGUAGUUGUUACCAAUUCCCUUAAAUUUUCCCCACAAUUCCUAGUUUAGUGAUUUAUGUUAUCCUCAUUCCCUUUCUUGUUGCAAGAUAUUGUUCCCUUCUCCUCUCUCUCUUUUGGCUGCAGGUUGAUGUAUGAACCAGUUACUACACCCUGUGGGCACACGUACUGCUUAAAAUGUCUUGAGCGAUGUCUGGAUCACAACCCUAAGUGUCCUCUGUGCAAAGAAGACUUGUGUGAGGUUGGUUUCAUAGUAAAUCAUUUGACUAUAUCGAAAUAAAGUUAUUAAUUGAUUGGUUCCAUGUGGUAGAGCAGGCACAGAGCAGCACCAGACUGCAUUGACGGCUUGCAAAUGUUUAUCAACUUUUAAGGGAAUUUAAUCAUUCUCAGUGGGAAACGAAUUGCAUUUAAGAGAGAAUCAGAUUGUUACGGGAAAUACAUUUAAACAGGACAAAGAAAUUCUCCUAUAGUCACUUGUUUAAUUUACUGCAGCAGUCAGUGAAUGAGGAAACAAACAUCAGUGUUACAUGAGAUAUGCAGUUUGUAAUCUAUCAUUUAGUUUUAUAGAACCAAAAAAAGUACUAUGUCACGUCACAAUGUAACUGUAGAGAUACAUUUACUACAUAACAAUCUGAAACCGUAUAUAAAACCCAUUGGUAACAAGUAUAUGUUAUGAAUAAAGAAAAAGUGUAUUUUAUUUUAGUUCUUUUGAUUUUGUUUCAGUUAGUCACCCUUUUUAUCUGUGGAAGUCACACAAUGGCGCUAUAUAAAUAAUAAAAUAAAAAUAUCUCUUGAUAUUUUGUCUACCUUGUAUGCUAGCAUCAUUACCUAGAAUCCUGUUGUAGAUCUAAAUAGUAUCCACAAGAUGGAGCCUAUCCUGUAUGAUACGACAGUUAAAUAGUAGAUUUGCACAAAAAUUGAAUUCUAAAAGAUAUAGGCUUAUUAAAGGAACACUAUAGUCACCUAAAUUACUUUAGCUAAAUAAAGCAGUUUUAGUGUAUAGAUCAUUCCCCAGCAAUUUCACUGCUCAAUUCACUGUCAUUUAGGAGGUAAAUCACUUUGUUUCUGUUUAUGCAGCCCUAGCCAUACGUCCCCUGGCUAUGAUUGACAGAGCCUGCAUGAAAAAAAAAACUGGUUUCACUUUCAAACAGAUGUAAUUUACCUUAAAUAAUUGUAUCUCAAUCUCUAAAUUGAACUUUAAUCACAUACAGGAGGCUCUUGCAGGGUCUAGCAAGCUAUUAACAUAGCAGGAGAUAAGAAAAUCUUAAUUAAACAGAACUUGCAAUAAAGAAAGCCUAAAUAGGGCUCUCUUUACAGGAAGUGUUUAUGGAAGGCUGUGCAAGUCACAUGCAGGGAGGUGUGACUAGGGUUCAUAAACAAAGCGAUUUAUCUCCUAAAUGGCAGAGGAUUGAGCAGUGAGGCUGCAGGGGCAUGUUCUAUACACCAAAACUGCUUCAUUAAGCUAAAGUUGUUCAGGUGACUAUAGUGUCCCUUUAAUUAAGCAAAUUAAAUGUCAAAAUGUCUGAUGUCACAACCACUUAAUGCUGUCUCAGUCCCUUCUACCAUACAAUUCCUACUAAUUCUGGCUUGUGGCAUUGUUUUCAGUACCUGGCUAAGAGAACAUUUUGUAAAACAGAGAUGAUGGAAGAAUUAAUUGGCAAUUAUUUCCCGGAGGAGCUGAAUGAGCGAAAAUGUGUUUAUGAAGAGGAGAUAGCAGAACUAUCCAAGUAAGCAUUACUCAUCAACACUAAAUUAAUCAUGGUUGGUCUACAGCAGGGAUAGGCAACAUUUUAGUAGCACUGCGCCAAAAUAUGAUCUUGAAGUCCUAUUUUUUAAUUGAGGUAUGUAUGCUUAACUAUUAAUGGGUGCUGCAGUUGCUUUGUAGCGUUGUAUUUGUCCGUAUGGGGUUGUUAUAUUGUAUGUCUUCAUGAGUAGUUUGUGGUAUUGUGUAUGAUACCUAUGGAUGUGGGCUGAUUGUGGAGUUGUGUGUGCGGAUGAUAUGUCACAUUGUGUGUUUCGUGGUGUGUGUGUAUGUGUUGGGCUGCUUGUGAUAUUGAACAUGAGGGGCUGCUUGUGGUGUUGUGCGCAUGUAUGUGUAUUCUCAGUAGGGUUGUGUUGUGGGGACUGUGUGUGUUUGUGUCUAGGUUGAUUGUAUUAUUUGUAUGAGGGUUAGUCUUAUUCUGCAGCUCUGUGUAUAUCUAGCAGAGUGGGUGGCUUUCCUGGGGUCCAGUGUGGACCGGGAUGGCCAAUUACAGGUCAAGGGCCUGUGGACUGCUGUACUCCAGUGUGGAUUCCCGUUCACAAGUGCUGGGAGGACGUGAUCUGAGAUCACUUCCUCUAAGUGCUGCAAUGCAUAAAUUGAGUCCCUCAACACCUGCAAUCACUGCUUGGUUUGGACUAGCAGAUACUUGAAGGCCCACACAUAGUUUCAUGCACAGCUCACAAAAUAAGUUAAGGCCAAAAUAAUCAAACUGGAAGCAUGGCUGAUUUGGGGAAUGCUUACAGCUUGGCUAUUUUGGCCUUGAAUGUGACAUUCCCUUUGAAUUCCCAACAAUUAAUCAUAAUUCUCAAUAUAUUGUGAAGUUUAAAACAUUUUUUUUUAUUACUUCCUGAGUAGUCACAGUAUAUCUGAUCUGAUCACAUAGUGUGUAAAUAGUGGAUCAGCUGCAAACUGGGCAAGUAAGAAACAGUGUGUGGCUAUGGUUAAUUUACCCCACCAGCUAGUAAACUGUGUGAAGCAAAAUGUACACUCAUUUUCAAAACAUUUUAGUGGUACUUAAAAACAGCCUUCUUUUUAAUGUGCAAUUUAUUUGCAUGUCUAACAAAAAUUUUCUUUUUUUUUUUUCUAUUACAGUUUGAAUCAUAAUGUCCCCAUAUUUGUUUGCACAAUGGCCUACCCCACUGUACCUUGUCCGUUGCACAUAUUUGAGCCAUGCUAUCGAUUGAUGAUUCGGAGAUGCAUGGAAACUGGUACAAAGCAGUUUGGGAUGUGUAUCGGAGACACUGUGAAAGGGUGAGUGAGAUGUGUAAACUAUACGUAUUAAUAUCGAGAUGAACUUUCAUACAGCUUAGUGAUUAGAUGAGAUGCCUCUGAAAGACGAAAAAUAUUUUAGCAGUAUAGAGCACUUAAUUUUAGCAGAUCAAAUGUGCGAUUACUCUUGAAGGGAAAAAAAAGGGACCCUUAAAAUCCGCCAAGCGGCGUUUAAAUCUUUAACAUAUUUUGAAUCAAUGUGUUUGUAAACUGCACCUGGAAACAUUCUGUUUCAUCUACUUGGAACCUUAACUAGAGCAGAAAAUUCAGAUCAAAAUUUUCUCUCGGGACCAGGAAAACAUUAGCUUAGCUAAGAAGCAUAUAGCAAAGAAACAUGGCACCAAAAUGAUGAACACACUAUCUGCCACGUCCACAAAGCAUGACAUCCUUGGAUUGAUUAUAGGAAGCAACUUACAUAAAAUGCUCUGAUUAAGUUUCCGAGAGAGGCCCAUCACUCCCUUCUUUCUCUCUUUGCCUUCUACCGCUUCCUUACUCACCCUUUUAGCAUCUUCUUCCUUGCUUCAUUCCUUCCAACAUUCCUCUUUAUUUUCCUUUCAUAUGGUUUUUUUUUUUUUCCUUCUUGGUUUUGUGUUUUCUUAUUCUUAAAAAAAGGCCCAGUGUCUGUGCAUUUAUGUUUUAAGACUCCUGUUUUAUAAAAAAUAAUUUUUAAUUCUUUAUUUUUGAGCACAGGUAGAUGUACGAUAUAUUAUUUAGACAUCACAUAGCAGUUCACUAAUGUUAGAGUGUACAAGUCUUGAAGGAUGUUACAUAACGAUCAGUGUAGGCUACAUAGUUGGUAGCGUUACAACUUUGUGACAGUAGACAUACAUUCGGUACAAUAUGUGUGGUGGUUUUGUCUGUUAUAGGGUGUAGCAGAGCAGGGUAGAUUCAUGGAGUGUGUGUGUGUAUUCUGAGUGUGCAGGUCAUGCCCAUCACCUGCCAUAUGCAGGAUUGUACCUGCCCUUAGACUCACUUUGUGGUAGCGCUCGCUAUGAACGUGAAAUGUCAUAGUUUACCAUCGCCUGGCUCAGUUUUUCAUUAGUAUAUCCAGGGUGUAAAAGAUAGAGGGAUGAUGAGAGGGGAAAGGGAAGCAGUAAUGUUUUAUAACUUUCGUGUAAAAUUCUUCUAAACUGUCCUGAUUUUUUUUUCUUCUUGUGUUUGCAUACUCCUGCUUAAAUAAUAAAGAAAAAAACACCUUCACUUCUGUCGCAAUCUUCAGCACUCCAGAUGUUGUGAACCACACCUCCCAUGAUGCUUUGAGAAAUUAUGGGAGGUGUAGUCCACAACAUCAGGAGUGCCGAAGGUUGCCAACCCCUUAUCUAGUUAAUAUAUCUAUGGAAUAUGUUGGUAUUGUAUAAUCCCCCCAGAUAAUACCAACUUCUCAUGUUAUAUAAGCAAAUGUGUAUAACACCAUGAUUCCUAUUUCAGAUUUGCAGAUUAUGGCUGCAUGCUGGAGAUCAGGAAUGUGGAGUUCUUUGCUGAUGGCCGUUCAGUUGUAGACAGUAUUGGAAGACGGAGAUUUAAAGUUAUACAGCACAGCCAGCGUGAUGGGUACAAUACAGCCGAUAUUGAAUACAUCGAGGAUGAAAAGGUAGAGAUGUGCAGUUUAACUAUCCACCAGAUCAGUAGAAAUAUAACGCAAAUAAUUACUUAAUAGCGUAAUCUACUAAAUUAGUCCAAACUGUAUGAUAGACAGACAGACAAAAAAAAUCCUGCUUAAUAAUUCUACAUUAAAUUUUUCUAUCUAUAUCAUGAAGUCUGACCUGAGAGCAGAGUCUUUGUUUUAUAAAGUCAUAUAACUCGUUCCACUCAACAGAUCCAAACUGAGUCACAUGACCUACAUAGGUCUGUAAACUAUACACCUUGUAAGCUCUCCGCACCAGUCUCCUCACUUCUCAUAUAUCUUUUCCCCACUAUGACCACUAGAAGCCUAUUUAAAUCUCCUUGUUGGAGUCAAUUAAACUUGUUGCUUUCUGUGAGCUAUUCGAUCAAUUUGUUCAUCAUAUUGUUAAAUUACAUCAGUUGCACCCCCUCUCGCUAUCUUUGUGUGAAUGCACAUUAUCCAGUUAGAAUGUAAGCUCACUGGCCAUUUUUCAUAGCCCUUUUGUAGCAGGUAUCACAGUUUUUGGAUCAGUAUGUUUAUUUUUUUGUCUGUAACCAUACCUACAUUUAUAUACCAGAAAUUUUAAAGUGCCCUGGUGGAGGUGUUUAAAAAGUGUUCAAAGAAUGCAUUGAAAUGUUUUUAUUUGGUAAAAUAGUUAAGAUCUAAGUAAAGUUAAAUUGUAGUAAUAACUUGAGUGUUUUAUCUGAUUACUUUAAUCCGUUUUAUAUAUCUCAGGUGCAAGGAGAGGAUUAUAAAGAGCUGAUUAGAUUGCAUGACGCGGUAUAUGAUCAGGCUUACAACUGGUUUAAUUCUCUAAAACCACAACUGAGGAGUCGAAUUUUAAGUCAUUUUGGGCCUAUGCCAGAUAAGGACUCUGAUCUGCAGGUAAAUGCUAUUUCAGUUACUAUUUUACCUGUAUCCACGUGGGAGAGUAUUUAACACCUAAGUGUAAUUGCCAAUCCCAAGUUAUUUGCACACCCCAAUAGCUCAGUGGUUUUCAACAAUUGUGCCACUUUAUACAUGUGGUGCAUAACUGUUUAUAAGUCUUGUAUCUCUGUUUUUGUGAGUGCAUUUGUGUGUGUGUGUGUGUGUGUGUGUGUGUGUAGCCUGGCAUAGUUCUCAUUCCGUGAAAGAUCAGCCUUAAAUCUUAAAAUGUCCUGUUAAAAUGUUACAAUUGUUGCCCCUCCGUGCUCACCUCUGCAUUUGCUUGCUUAUGUUCAGUACAUUAUGAGAAAAUUUGGCAUCAACAAAUUAAUGUGGUGCAGUAGUAAGUGCUUUAUACACUUAAGGGGACACUAUAGUCAACAGAACAGCUACAGCUUAAUGUAGUUUUUAUUUUAUUUUAUAAAAUAUGUUACCAGGAAGGAUACAUUGAGAUCUCUCUCGUUUUCAAGUAUAUCCUGGGUCCACAAAACAUUGCAUUGAUACAAUAGGGUACAAUAAAAUACAAAAAUAAUAUUAAUACACAAUAUAUACAAAAUGUAACAUAGAACAGGUAAAAAAACAUAUAAUCAACCAUGACACAUGCAUUCUGUUUUGAGAUAUGUAGAGAGGGAUCUCUUAAAGGACUUUGGGCUUGGGGAAGAUUUUAAAGUGUGUGGGAGGUCGUUCAACAAUUGCGGUGUUCUGUAGGAAAAGGAGGAUCAAGCUGCUCUCUUUUUGUAUUGUGGUAUGCUAAAUAUCGUGCUAGUACUGGAUCGGAGGUUAUAGGAGGUGGGAACAGCCGGGGAGAGCAUUCUGCUCAGGUAGGGUGGGAGCUUCCCAGAAAAGCUCUUAAACACAAGGCUGGAAAGAUGAAGGGUGCGUCUGGAUUCCAGCGAUAGCCAGUUUGAUUCUUUUAGCAUUCUUUUUACAAUGAUGGGUCCUGUAAUUACAUUGUAGCACAAAUUGGCAGAACAAGUUAUACAAUGUAUUACGUUUAUUAAGGUGGGUUUGCGGUGCAGGUGCAUAUACUACGUCCCCAUAAUCAAUGUUAGCAUCAGUAUUUGCUGUACAAUCUCUUCCUUUACUGUAGGGCUUAGGCAGGAUAUUUUUCUGUACAGGGCACCUAGUUUUGGAUCAAGUUUAGAUGCAAGUUUUUCUAUGUGGAGGCCAAAAGUUAGAUUGGGGUCUAACAACAUACCCAAGUAUUUGAAAGAGGGGACUGCGGUCAGUGUUAGAUUUUGUUUUGAUGCAGUGUUUUUAAUUUGUGUAAUUUAGGUACUGUUCCAAAGAUCACUGUGACAGUUUUGUCAGUGUUUAGGAAGAGUUUGUUUUUUGCAAUCCACUUUUCUACCUCUGUAAACUGGUUUUGGAGCAUAGCCUCAAGCUGUGGUAGAUCGGAUUUGCUUGCAUAGAUUACUGUGUCGUCUGCGUACAUGUGUACAUUUGAGGAUUUGCAGGCAUUAGGCAGAUCAUUUAUAAAUAAUGUGAAAAGUAGGGGGCCGAGAAUGGAACCUUGGGGAACACCACACGUGACUGGGAGACGGAGUCACUGUUAGAAAUGGACACCUAUUGUGAUCGAUCCGUUAUAUAUGAUUGAAACCAGGUUAGCAGAUGAUCACCAAUACCGGAGUUUUUUUUAGUUUGUGUAGUAGAAUGUUGUGGUCUACUGUGUCAAAGGCCUUUGCAAAGUCAAGGAAAAUAGCUCCAGUUAGGUCUCCUUGUUCCAUGCCAGUUUGGAUGUCAUUGCAAACGUUUAAGAGGGCAGUUGUAAUGGAGUGAUUUGGGCAAAAAUCUGAUUGAUCAGGGGUCAGAUAGUUAGAUUGUUGGUAAUACUCACAUAGUUGCGUAUGGACGCAUUUUUCAAAAAUGUAUGACAAUACUGGGAGCAAUGAUAUUGGACGAUAGUUAGAAACCAAAGUAGUGUCACCGCUUUUAUGGAUAGGCACUACUCUUGCAGUCUUCCAAAGUUUGGGUAUGUAUCCAGACACCAAGGAUUCGUUAAUUAUGGUUGUGACAGGUUUAGCAAUUGCCGGUGCACUGAGCUUCAACAGCAUUGCUGGGAUUUAAUCAGGUCCAGAUUGUUUUCUUAAUGACACUAAUAGGUACUGUCUUUGCAAAAUUAGUGGGGCCUGAUCCACAUUUGUAGUUUCAGGAUGUGUCAUUUAUUAUCUUGGCAAUCAGGGUGGUGGAGCAUCCGACAAAACAAUUGUUAAAGGCAUUUGCUACUUCUAAAGGAAGUUGCAGGAUUUGGUUGUCCAGGAUUUUGGUUGUCAAAGUGGACAACCAAAUACUGCAACUUCCCUUAGAAGUAGCAAAUGCCUUUAACAAUUAUUUUGUCAGAUGCUCCAACACCCUGAUUGCCAAGCUAAUAAAUUGGGAGUGGGUUGAGGGAGUUUGUAAGUUAUUUAUGACUUUCCAACAGCUUCUAGGGUUUGAUAGCUUAUUGUUCAGAUUUUCACAGAAAUAUUGGGCCUUUUCCAAUUUUGUUUGUUUAGUGCAUAUAAUUCACCAUUGUCUAUAUGCACAGUGAUCGUUCAUAGAGCCAGUACUCUUGAACUUUGACCACGAGUCCCGAAACUGGUACAUUUGAAUAAGGUCAGCUGUUAUUCAAUUCAUAUGUGCCCCUUUUACGCUCCCCUUACGCAGCAGGGCAUGCAAAUUCCAAACUUGUAGGAGUUCGGACUGAAAGAAUUCAACUGCACAGUGUAGAUCUGGGAUAAUGUUUAAUCUGUGCCAUGGGAGGUUCUUGAUGUCAUUUAGAAAGGAUUCAAGAUUACAUUUUUUUUGAAGGACCUCAUGAUUUUAAGCUUGGGAGAGGAUUUAGUAGCCUUUAUUUUGCGCACGUAGUAUCACUGAAACUGAGAACACCUGCCUCUUGGAUUCUGGAGAAGUGGAGAGAAUCCAGUCGCGCAGGGUAUGGUUAUGGAUUUUAGUGUUAAUGCGAGUUGGGGAGGGGAUUAAUUGCUUUAGCUGCAAAGUCUUAAACAGCAAUCAAGUACUAUUAAUUUUAGGAUUCGGCCAAUAAAUAUUAAAAUCUCCAAAGACCAACAGUUCACUAUUUGGGUUUUGAGCUAUGGUUUCACUUAGGAGAUGGGCUAUGUCAGAAAGGGAAUGCGCUGGGGAGCUAGGUGGGCGGUAGAUUCCUGCAACAAUGAUUAAUUUACUGCACGGGAUCUCAAUUGUGCCAGAAAGGAAAUCAAAGGUGGCAGGAGGGCUAAAAUUUUGUAAGGGGGUGAACUUUAUGGAAUUGUCAACAUAAAUUACUAUGCUGCCUCCUCUUUUUCCUCUGUCAUUUCUAUGGCAUGAAUACCCAUGUAUUGCAAUGGCAGAGUCAGGUAUUUCGAUUCAGAGAGCACAAUGAUUUGGGGCUUGUAAUAUAAACACAAUGCUUGGAGUGCAUCGAUUUUUGGUAGUAAGCUGCGGAUAUUUCAGUGCACAAAGGAGAGACCUUUUUUAGCUGGAAGGCUAGGAAUGGAAUCUAUCUGGGGACAAGGGUUACACUCUACAUCAUUUGCAAGGGCAAGUAACAUGAGUAAUAGGAAUUUGGACAUAAUCUUACUUUGGUAGAAUUGCAAUUGUAGCGGUUGGAGGGCUUGAUUUUAACACUCUCCACCAGCACGCAGCAGAUAAAUUACAGCAACAAAGCAGGCCAUGAUGUAUAAGAAUUUGGUUUUCAGUUUGUGGUGAGUGUUGCUUAAGAGGGUAGUGGUAGGAACAUGACAAGAGUGUGAAUAGUGUUACAAGGAAUAUUAACACGGUCAAAUUUGGAGCCAUGUACAGGAAGGGAGGAGAUGAAAACAAACAUUAAGUAGAUUACAAUAAUGCAUAUUUGGUGAGGAAGUAGUACUUACACUACACAUAUGGCUGGGGACAGAACACAAACAGAAAUGCAGCAAGCUCAACAGUGUGUGGAUGAUGAUGAGAAUGUUGAUUGAAGCACUGUCUGCUGUUUUCCUCCUUGUGUCCUCCUUGGUGUACCCCCUUGGUAAUUAUUGGAAGUUGGCACACAGAUGGAAUGUGGCCUGUGCACCCUAUAGUCGUAUGCGCCCCAGUGACUUAACUAAAUGGGGCAUUCCACUCAGCCUAGAGAUAGUCAUUUGACACAUGAGAUGGGAGGGACUGGACAAAUAGCAGACUGCACUAAUGAAUCAAGUUUAUCAGAUUAUAGGCAAAAAUACAUAGAAUGAUAAUGCAUUGGGAGGGGAGCAAAAAAUGGGUCGCAAGAGUAUUCUGAGGACGGACAGCAGCUGAAAUAGCCUGCCCUUCGGUGGGUCCCCGCAUUGGGAAGGUACCUAAUAAGUGGGGUGCAGGGGUGAGACAAGGGUGCAGGGGUGAGACAGUCAGUGUUGCAGGGGUUGCCUGGUGAGUAUAGUCAGUCCCUUCAGUUUUCUUUUUUUUUUGCUGUAAACCCGGUCUUUUCAAAGAAAAAGCAAUGUGUACAUUGCUUCCUAGGAAAACCUCCCAUGGCAACUACUCAGAUGACUACUAGCGGUGCUUCUGUGGUACUGCUGCACAAUAUACAGCACUGACAUUCAGUGUAUCAACCCUCUGUAUGCAGACACUGAACUUUCCUUAUAGAGAUGCAUUGAUUCAAUGCAUCUCUAUGAAGAGAUACUGAUUGGACAGGGCGGUGUUUGGCUCUGCCCCUGGCCCACCUCCUUGGCUGAGAUUAUCAGAAUUGACAAUCCAAUAGGAAAGCAUUGGAUUGGCUGAGAUAAUCACUUCUGAUGAUGUCAGCCAAGGAGGCAGAUCAGAUUUAGAGCCAGCACCAGCAGACUGCAAUAAAGGUAAGAUUUUACUAUAUUUGGGGAGUAAAGGUGGGUAGGGGGGCUAGAUAGUGUUUUUAACACUGUAGGGUCAGGAAUACGUUUGUGUUCCUUUUACUCUACUACACUUCUUAAAACAUGCUUCAUUAGCAUUUAUUAGGACAAAGGCAUUGGGAAUGGUCACUUCUGAAAAGUACCCUUGCAAUUACAUUUUAUUUACAUCUUUCAGAAAGUUGCUUUUGUAGACAUAAACUGCAGUGGAAAUUUGAUUGACUUACACAGCAAAUAAUUCAAUGCUACUUUGCCCUUUAUGUUUUACAGAUAAACCCAAAUGGGCCUGCAUGGUGUUGGUGGAUUCUUGCAGUUCUUCCUCUCGAGAGCCGGGCCCAACUCCCGUUUCUCGCCAUGACCUCACUAAAGGAUCGUCUGACCAGCAUCAAACGUGUUUUACUGUUUAUGCGCCGGUCUCGUCCACGAUAAAUCUACUAUACACAUCUCUCAUUCUGUUGUUUUCAUACUUACUUGCCAAUAACUAAUAUUGGGUUUCAAAUUGUGAAGGAUACUAGACUGUGCUCCGUUCACUUAUCAACAAUUUUUUUUCCCUCCAAUUUUAAAAUGUUUUUUUUUUUAAUUUGAUUUAUAAAAUAGAGCAAGACAAAACUUAAUUGCACAUGCCUUAUUUUAUUAUUAAUCAAUUAUUUAUAGAUAUUUGCAACAUGUUUGGGGCCAUUCACUGGAUUGAACACAUUUUUUUAAAUUUUAUUUUAUAUAAAGUUUUGUUAUACAAAACAAGAAUUUGUACAGUGAUGUGUAUAUAUAAUCAUGAUCACCAUUUAUGCCUGCUAAUUUAUUUUUUCUCUGCACACCAAUUAUCUUGUAUCCUGCUUUUUUGUACUUGAUUUGUUAUAAGAAAAUAUAAAUGACCAAUUCAAUGUUAUGUACUUUGUGUGUUAUAGUUUCUAUUUAAUGGUGUUCAAAGGGAAAGUCUAUUAUUUAAUUUCAAAGUGGCGCUUUGGGAUAUGACUCUUCUUAUUGGUUAAAUUGAUUUAAUACUCAUUACAAUCACAAAAUAACUUGAUUAUGUUUUGUGUAAAUGUUAUAUAAUGCAUAUUUUUCUUUUGAAAUUAUUUUGUUCAUUAUGCUUUUGACAAUAUAAUUUUGUACCAGUUGCUAAAUAUUCAGCCAACAACAUCCAACAGCCAUGAAUGGCCAACGCGUUUCCAGUAUAGAACAGUGUGGCUCCCAUUGAUGAUGCAAUAUGAUCUCUCCUUUUGUGAAAAUGUUUACAGAACAGUGUACUGUCACUUUUUCAAUUAAGCUAUUUGUAUUAAUUUCCUCUGUACAUACUAGUUAGUUAAUGUUUGUUUUGUACCAUAACACUGCACUUUACAUUACUAGUUGUACAAUGGCAAAGUUGAAGGGCACAACAGCACUUUUUGAGAAAGUUGUUAUAAUAGAACAAGUACAAUAACAUGAAUAAUAUAUUUUCUUGGAAUCACUGAUUUGUUAUUUAACAAUCAACUUGUCUUGGUAUUUUUUUUUUCCAGUUUUAUUAAAGAAAAGAGACAUUGCAUCACAAAAUUCAGUUGAAUAAUGUUAAAAAAUAACUAACAGAGACGGUAUUAUAAGGUCUAUUAUCUGCUAGUAGUAUGAAGCAGAAAUACCAUACCAGAAUCGCCAUUAGUGCAGUAAAGACAUCACUAAG